ACUACAUGUACUACAUUCAAUUACAUUAUAAUCUCCAUUACUACAUGUACUACAUUCAAUUACAUUGUAAUCUCCAUUACUACAUGUACUACAUUCAAUUACAUUGUAAUCUUCAUUACUACAUGUACUACAUACAAUUACAUUGUAAUCUCCAUUACUACAUGUACUACAUUCAAUUACAUUAUAAUCUUCAUUACUACCUGUUCUACAUUUAAUUACAUUAUAAUCUCCAUUACUACAUGUACUACAUUUAAGUACACUGUAAUCUCCAUUACUACAUGUACUACAUUCAAUUACAUUGUAAUCUCCAUUACUACAUGUACUACAUUCAAUUACAUUAUAAUCUUCAUUACUACCUGUUCUACAUUUAAUUACAUUAUAAUCUCCAUUACUACAUGUACUACAUUCAAUUACACUGUAAUCUUCAUUACUACAUGUACUACAUUCAAUUACACUGUAAUCUUCAUUACUACAUGUACUACAUUCAAUUACAUUGUAAUCUCCAUUACUACAUGUACUAAAUUCAAUUACAUUGUAAUCUUCAUUACUACAUGUACUACAUUCAAUUACACUGUAAUCUUCAUUACUACAUGUACUACAUUCAAUUACAUUGUAAUCUCCAUUACUACAUGUACUAAAUUCAAUUACAUUGUAAUCUUCAUUACUACAUGUACUACAUUCAAUUACACUGUAAUCUCCAUUACUACAUGUACUACAUUUAAUUACACUGUAAUCUCCAUUACUACAUGUACUACAUUUAAUUACACUGUAAUCUUCAUUACUACCUGUACUACAUUUAAUUACACUGUAAUCUUCAUUACUACCUGUACUACAUUUAAUUACACUGUAAUCUUCAUUACUACAUGUACUACA